GCGCGGGGCUCCCCCUGCGCUGACGUCACUCGGCUUCUGGCUCCAGAAGUUUCCAAAUUGGCGGCGGCAGCGCAAUGGCGGAUGAGCGAGUUUUCACAGAUGAAUUCAUAGCAGAGUGUCCGGAGAAAGCUUUGGAGGAGUUGAAUGCAGCAGUGGAACAGGAUUUGGAUGUUGCAGAGUAUUAUUGCCAAAGAGCUUAUGCAAAUAUAUUGCUUCAGAGUUACAAAGAGGUUUUAAAAGAUGCCAGCAAAGCCCUCGAGCUGAAACCAAACUAUGCUUUAGCAUAUCUUAGAAAAGGAAUUGCAGAGUAUCACCUAAAGAUGUAUCACUUGUCAAUGGAAUCUUUUACAAGAGGACAAAAACUAGAUGCAGAAAAUGCCAACUUUAACACUUGGAUCAAAACCUGCAAAGAAAACCUGGAUUCAAUGGCACAACAAGAUGGAAACACUGAAGAGACACCCAAACAUCAGACGGCAACACGCAAAAUAAAACAUGAUUGGUACCAGACAGAUUCUCAUGUUAUCAUCACAAUAAUGAUCAAGAAUGCAAAUAAAGAUGAUGUGAAGGUUGAAUUUGCUGAAAAAAGUGUGAGUGCAUCAGUGAAGCUUUCAUCAGAAGAAGAAUAUAACUUGAAACUUAAUCUUCUACAUCCUAUAAUAGCCCAGUGUUGUGCUGUCAAAGUGCUGGGAACAAAGAUUGAGAUAAAAAUGAAGAAGACUGAAGCAAUUCGAUGGGAAAAGCUGGAAGGAAUUGCACCAGAUGUAAAACACUUCAUGCCAGAGCAGCCUCAACCAUAUCCAUCCUCUUCUCACUACACAAAGGAUUGGGAUAAAUUGGUAAUGGAGAUUAAAAAGGAAGAGAAUGAAGAAAAACCAGAGGGAGAUGCUGCUCUAAACCAGCUUUUUCAGAAGAUUUAUGCAGAUGGGUCUGAUGAAGUAAAGCGUGCUAUGAAUAAGUCAUUUACUGAAUCUGGAGGCACUGUUCUGAGCACAAAUUGGACAGAAGUAGGCAAGAAGACAGUGGCUGUGAAUCCCCCAGAUGACAUGGAAUGGAAGAAACUUUGAAGACUGAUUUUUUUUUUUUGUCAUUUUUCACCAUUAAUUCAACUUUAAGUGCAUACAAAUCUUAUGUUUGUUCCAGCACUGAUGUACUUGUCUUUGCCUUAGCCUUAGAUGAUCUUUGCAUGGAUUGGAUGCAUUCUUUAGUUUAACAACAGUAUUCGAAUAAAUUAAAGAUGUUUUCUUUACGGUUUUGAUUUUAAAAGAUGUGAACUGUUUCCUACCACAGAAUAAAUUGACUAUAUAUCUAUAAA